GUACUUAGGCCGGGUUCCCACUACGCCGGACCGGCAGAUCUGCCGAAAACCGGACACCGGACAGAGUGUUCACAUUACAUCGGAUCCCGGAAGAAAUUCAGACAGUCCUCAGUUGAAUUUGGACCUGCGCGCACAAUGGACGACGAAAUUGUUGUGUUGUGGUGGUAUCUUAAUAGAAGGCAAAAUAAAAGAAAACAUUGGGUACACCCUAUUUUACGGGAAAGAUUUUCACUUGGAACAUUUGAAACAUUAAUGGGUGAACUUAGAAGAGACGAAUCAAAGUUCUUCAAUUAUUUUCGAAUGACAGCAACCACUUUUGACGAUUUACUGGGACGACUAGACAUAAGAGUACGAGAUACAAGUUUCAGAGAAUGUAUUUGCCCAGAACAAAGAUUAGCCAUAUGUCUAAGAUAUUUAGCUUCAGGAUGUUCAUUCAAAGAAAUACAUUACUCAUACAGAGUAGGCGUUUCGACAAUAAGUAAACUAAUAAAAGAAAUGACCCACGUCAUUUGGGAAAACCUAAAGACAGAUUUCCUUAAGCUGCCUGAUACUGAGAGAGAAUGGGAGGACAUCGCUUCAGGAUUCGAAAGAAAAGCCAACUUUCCUCACUGUCUUGGAGCAGUAGAUGGCAAACAUAUCAGAAUUUUGAAACCAGCCAAGAGUGGUUCUAUGUUCUUUAAUUACAAGGAGUAUUAUUCUUUUGUAUUAAUGGCAGUUGUCGAUUCAGAGUACCGAUUUAUUUUUAUUAGUGUGGGCUCAUUUGGCAAGGAAUGCGAUUCUAGUAUAUUAAAGGAUAGUACAUUUUGGCAAAAGAUCAAUGAUGGUACUUUAAAUGUACCAAAGCCUAGACCGCUUCAUGAAAACUUGCACGAAGAAUUACCGUUUAUACUUGUUGGCGAUGAAGGCUUUGCUUUAACACCUAAUCUCCUACGUCCAUAUGGAGGUACACAUUUGAAUACUGAUAAAAAGAUUUUUAACUAUAGACUAAGUCGAGCAAGAAGGUAUGUUGAGUGCGCUUUUGGUAUUCUGGCAAAUAAGUGGCGAAUAAUCCAUCGAGCUAUAGAUCUCAACGUAGACACAGCAAUUCAAGUAAUUAAAGCUUGUGCAGUCUUACAUAAUUUUGUAAGAGAAAAAGAUGGUAUAAAUUUUGAAAGUUACCAAAAUAUAGAACAUAGACAAGAACAAGAAACUACACCCAUGAAUCGAAAUGUGUCGAGUCGAGGUGGCCCUAAUGCCAACGCUAUACGGACAUCAUUUACUAAUUAUUUUGUUUCAGAUAUUGGUUCCGUUCCGUGGCAGGCAGCAGCUAUAAAAUAAAAUUUAUCAAUGCAUUUACAUUUUAUCAAUAAAACAUUAAAAACUCA